AUGGGAAAUUGUUGUAAUGGUGGAGGAUCUGUUUUGGAAAAAAAUGUGCAGGUAGAUUUAGGGUAACAUAUGUCGGAGAAGUCUGCAAAUUCAGAUAUUCUUAAUAAAAAGGCUAUAAUAAUAUAAGGUAUUUCUAUAUCUGAAAAGUAAGCUCAUUGUAGAGGUCAUAUUGCUAGAAAGAAAGUGAAAACAAUAUAGGAAUAAGAUAAAAGUGGUAAGAGGGAAUCGUAAAAUGAUUCAAGUUAGCAGAAGAAAUAGAAUUAAUAAGCGAAUCCUUAGAAUAAAAAAGGGGCUUAAGAACCUAAGGAGGAAAGCUAUUAAAAUAGAGUCGAAUCCAGUAAGGCUCAUGCUCCAAGUGAAAAAUAUAAAAAACUAGAUAGGAUGCCUGAUUAUUUGACUGCUAAAACUAAAUAAGUUUUAAGUCAAAUCGAAGCCUUUGUUUAUGAUUAGGAAAAGGAUGAAUUUAAAGAAUUGCCAUUUUUGGAACCAUAUGAGUUGGAUGGAGGAAGUGUUUAUAAAGGAUAAUGGAAAAAUGGACUCCGACAUGGAAGGGGAACAUAAAUUUGGCAGGAUGGCUCAAUAUAUGAAGGAUAUUGGUACUAGAAUGUUGCUUGUGGAAAGGGAAGGCUGAUUCAUGCUGAUGGAGACAAGUAUGAGGGAGAGUGGAGAAAUGACAAAGCUCAUGGAUAUGGAAAAUAUGUGCAUAUGGAUGGAGCAUAAUAUGUGGGCUAUUGGGAGGAUGAUAAAUAAAAUGGAAAUGGGAAAGAAAUAUGGCCAGACGGGGCUUGUUAUGAAGGGUAGUAUAAAAAUGGGAAGAAACACGGGAAAGGAACAUUCAAAUGGGCUGAUGGAUCUAUAUAUAUAGGAGAAUUUGAUUAGAAUAAUAUUCAAGGUUAAGGAGAGUAUCAAUGGGAAGAUGGCAGAAAAUAUGUUGGGGAGUGGAAGAAUAAUAAAAUGGAUGGGAAAGGAGUUUUUACUUGGUUGGAUGGUAGAAAAUAUGAAGGGGAGUACAAGGAUGACAAGAAGCAUGGUUUUGGAGAUUUUAAAUGGCCGGAUGGAAGAAUGUAUAAAGGUUAAUGGGCUAAUGGGAAACAACAUGGAAUUGGAAUUUAUAUUGGUUCUUCAAAAAUUGAAAAGGAAGGAGAAUGGUAAGAAGGGAAGAGAAUACGUUGGCUAAAGAAAGGAGGCUAACAGACUAGGGAAGAUGGAAAUUGA